AUGGCAAUGCCCAUCUCCAACACUCAUCUGAGAGUUCCUCGAGGUUUUGGUGCUAUACUUGAAGGAUUAACAAGAGAAAUUCUUCGAGACCAGCCCAAAGAUAUUCCAAAAUACGCUGCAGAGUAUUUUGAGACUUUGCUUAAACAGAGAGAAGAAACAGGCACAGACCCCUCUGAGUGGGCUGCCAAAUUAGAAGAUCGAUAUUACAACAAUCAUUCAUUUAAGACCUCAGACCAUGCAUCAAGGACAACUGUUUCUAACAUAAACUCAAAGGUCUCUGUGACUGAAGAUUAUUCUGGGCAGUCAGAGGAUGUGUCUAUGAAGACAAUGAAAACCCACCCCUUCACCAAGAGUGAAGAAGAGGAAUCGUCUCUCACUAUAACUCCAGCAGAGUCAGCCAAAGCGUCUCUAUUUGCAAGUGCAGACCCAACAACCUCCACACAAGCCAAUGGAUUAUUAAAUGAAAUAAAUGACAGCAAAGCUUCAAACAACUCUGAGUCAGAGGGUCAUGAGGUGCAAUUAUUGAGUGAGACUGUGAAUAUAGAUGCGCAAGAGUCAGAAAGUGAAAGGGAAGACGACGAUCAGGAGCAUACAGACCGAGAGGAAAAACAAGCAAAUGUAAAUAUCUGUGGUAAAGAUUUAGAGGAAACAACAAAUGCUGCAUCAGCAAUGGAGGAAGAUGCAGAGCAAAAAGUAGCAUUUGAGCCCAGUGACAUCAGGCUCCAGUCCCCAUUUUCACAACUGGAAAUUACCAAGCGGAAACAAAAACAGGCAAUUCAUGAUGCAAAUACUACUAUCUCUGAAGAUACUGAAGAAAGUAGCAACAAUAAAUCUUUAGUAGAGAUUAGCUUUGACAAUAUUCCAGAGAACCAGGAAAAUUUUAAUAAUGAAUUGAGAAUAAAUGUAGAAAUCAUGGAAAAUACUGAUACACUAGCAAAUGAACAGGAAGUACAAUUGGAAGAAGAAAAGCAAGAUGAUGACAAUGAAGAAAAUGCUUCAAAUCAUAAUAAUUCUAUGGGGGAAAGUGUUGAGAUUAUAGACACAGUACAUAAACCCACUACUAGCACAGAUCAUCUGAUAAGCGAAGACACAAAUAAUAUAAACAAUGACGAAAACUCAAGCCUGAAGGACAAUUUUGAAAAGUUUAACUUAACUCAAGACACAACUACAAUUGUAGAACAAGAAAAUGAAGGUCAAACAGAUCACCAACAAAUAGAGCACCAAAAAUUGUUUGACAAAGAUCCUGUAAGUGAUUCAACACAACUCACUAAUUCAAAUGUGAAAAUGUUGGAGGAACAGGGUGAAAUUCUAGAGAAAGAUGACGAAGAUUUGUUAGAGCACAAUGAAGAUGAACAAUGCCAAGAAGGAACUUUAGAAAAAUAUUUCACUGUAUCACAAGACCUGCAAUAUGAAGAGGAGGAGGAACCCAUGGAAGAAGGCACUGGUCUGCAAGAGGAGCAGCAGGACACCCCAGAUCCAGAAGGACAGUCUGAUGAAAAGGCCCACUAG